GAGAGGGAGGGAGGAAUUCAUUCCUGUUUAAAUUGGAGUCUAAAGCGCAGAAAGGAAAAGGGACUCGGGCAGAGAAACAAAGAGAGAGAAGAAAUAUAAAAAGUGGAGAGAGAUUUAUUUUUACGCACGAGUCAAACAACGAAACAAGAAGAAAAGGAAAGGAGGAGAGAGAGAGACAGAGGUCUUUUCCUCGUCCUCUGAACGUGUCCUCUCUCCCUCUCAUGACUCCGAGAGGAUUCCACUCAAAUUCACCCGGUCGGGAGGGAUUGAUGGUGUGUGUCCGGCGGAGCGGAGGCGCGGGGAGGACUCUGGAUGCGCGCGGCUGAACCAUGGCCGCCCUGUGGAUCCUAACUUUGGCCAUCAGUCUGCACCGAGCGCGGUGCAUCCACUUCUCCCAGGAGCCCUCGGACCAGUCGGUGGUGCUGGGAGAGCGGGUGGUGCUGUCCUGCGUGGUCUUCAACUACAGCGGCAUCGUCCAGUGGACCAAGGACGGCCUGGCCCUCGGCGUGGGAGAGGGUCUCCGAGCGUGGCCGCGGUACCGCGUGCAGCGGGCUCUGGACGUCGGCCAGUACAACCUGGAGAUCUCCAACGCCGAGCUGUCCGACGACUCCCUGUACGAGUGUCAGGCCACGGAGGCCGCGCUGCGCUCCAGGAGGGCCAAACUCAACGUGCUCAUCCCCCCCGAGGACCCGGUGGUCGACGGGUCCCCGGAGAUCCUGCUGAUGGCUGGAAAUCCGUACAACCUGACCUGCGUGACCCGCGGGGCCAAGCCUGCCGCCCACAUCCAGUGGACCAAGGAUGGAGUCGCUGUGGAGGGGGCCUACCAGUCCACGGAAGUGUUGCCGGACCGGAAGCGAGUGACGACCCGGAGCUACCUGCCCAUCUCGUCGGUGGACACCGACAGCAGCCGAAACUUCACCUGCGUGGCCAGAAACCCGGCGGUGCCGACGGGCAAACGGGCCACCGUGACCCUCAACGUCCACCACCCUCCCACGGGGACCCUGUCCAUCGAACCUCGCUCCGUCCUGGAGGGCGAGAGGGUCACCUUCACCUGUCAGGCCACAGGGAACCCUCCCAUCAUUGGCUUCAGGUGGGCAAAGGGCGGCGUGCUGCUGGAGGGCGCCCGGGAAAGCGUGUUCGUCACCACGGCGGAUCACUCCUUCUUCACCGAGCCCGUCUCCUGCCAGGUCUUCAACGUCGUGGGAAGCACCAACGUCAGCAUCCUGGUGGACGUGCACUUUGGACCGAUACUGGUAGUGGAGCCGAGGCCGGUCACGGUAGACGUGGACUCUGACGUCACUCUGAACUGCAAGUGGUCUGGGAACCCCCCUCUCACCCUGACCUGGACCAAGAAGGGCUCCAGCAUGGUGCUCAGCAACAACAACCAGCUGUACCUGAAGUCGGUGAGCCAGGCCGACGCAGGCCAGUACGUCUGCAAGGCCAUCGUGCCCCGGAUCGGCGUGGGAGAGACGGAGGUCACGCUCACCGUCAACGGCCCCCCCAUCAUCUCCAGCGACCCCGUCCAGUACUCCGUCAGAGGGGAGCGAGGCGAGAUCAAGUGCUACAUCGCCAGCACCCCCCCGCCCGAUAAGAUCGUGUGGGCGUGGAAGGAGAACGUGUGGGAGAAGGAGAAGGGCACCCUGAUGGAGAGGUACACCGUGGAGCAGAGCAAGCCUCCGUCCCAGGGCGGGGCCGUGGUCUCCACCCUCACCAUCAACAACGUCAUGGAGUCUGACUUCCACUCGCCCUACAACUGCACCGCCUGGAACGCCUUCGGACCCGGGACCAUGAUCAUCACCCUGGAGGAGACCGAUAUUGUCCCGGUGGGAAUAAUCGCCGGUGGGACGGUGGGCUCCUUCAUCCUGCUGCUUCUGGUCCUGCUGGCGCUCGCCUUCUUCCUCUACCGCCAACGCAAAGGCAGCCGCCGGGGCGUCACCCUCGGUAAACCCGACAUCAAGGUAGAGACGGUCAACAAGGAGACGCACGGCCUGGAGGAGGAGGCGGCCGACGUCUCCACGGCAACGCGGAUGGUCAAGGCCAUGUACUCAUUUCUGCCCUCUGUUUCCCUCUCUCCCUCCACUCAGCCGUUCAAAGACGACAUGGACCUGAAGCAGGACAUCCGGAGCGAGAGCGACACCCGGGAGGAGUACGAGCUCAAGGACCCGACCAACGGCUACUACAACGUCCGGGCCACCAGCCACGACGAAGCUCGCCCCCAGUCCCGCGCCGUCCACUACCAGGGCGAGUUCCGCGCCCCCAACCCCAACGCCGGAGCGGCCGGCGCCGCUUCCGGCGGACCGCCGGCGGGCGCCAGCGGUGCCGUUCCCCCCAGCGGAGUGCCGGGCUCCAGGGCGGGCUGCUACGACCCGCGGCCCCCGUCCAGGAUGUCCCACGCCACCUACGCCCAGUUCAACACCUUCGCCAGGGCGGCGCAGAGCCAGCAGGCGCCUCCCGUCCCGGCUCUCCAAUCGCCAGGCGAUUACCCCGGAGACCUGCUGGACAGCACGCCACAGCUGGCCUACGACCCCUACGGGUACCCCUCCCAGUACCCCAGCUACCGCACGGGCUUCGCUCCCACCAUGGAGGAAGGUCCGGCCUACGAGAUGUAUCCGACGGGCCAAGGGCCAGGACCAGGACCAGGACAGGGACCGGGCCCGGGGCAACAAAGUCCCGAAACCGGUCUGGGGCAGUAUGGAACCUCCACUCGCUUCUCAUAUUCGUCUCCACCCUCUGACUAUUCCCAAAGACACACACAGCGGAUGCAGACUCAUGUUUGAGG